UGUGUUGUGCGCAAGUGACGAGAUUUUGCGCGGACUGUGGUUAAUGAAGCAAGCAGAAUUUAUUAAGCGUUAGAGCGGGGUAGAAGAAAAAAAAGCAAUGUGAAAUAAAAGGAAACGAAAUCUGAACAAAAUAAAAAAGAAAUCAAUUAAGUUUAAUUAAAUAAAACGUUACAAAAGUUUUGCCGUUAUUGCUCCUAAGCGAAUGUGAACGUGUUUAAAUUCUUGCUGUGCUAGUUAAGCAGAAGGCAUACAUACAUACAAGAUACAUACAAAUGAAAAUGAUAAACUACAAAAACAAAAUUACAUUAUAAAUUGAAUAAAAGAAAUCAUAACAUUUAACUAAAAAUUACAACUGACGUCGCAAAAUAUAUUCAUAACGCAAAGCAAUAAAAAAAAAAUAUAUUAUAUUAAAGUGCAAAGAUUUAAGAGUGACAAAAAUAAGCGGAAAUUCGGAAAUAUAUUUUCAAUCAUCGUUGCUGAAUAAAUCAAAUAAGUCCCAGAGUUUCAUUGUUGGGUUGUGAAACUAAAUUGAAACAAAAUGCCCGUUUUUCAUACAAAAACCAUCGAGAGCAUUUUAGAUCCUGUCGCUCAACAGGUCUCCCGCCUCGUCAUCCUCCACGAAGAAGCCGAAGAUGGCAAUGCUAUGCCCGAUCUCAGCCGUCCGGUACAAGUUGUAUCGGCAGCUGUGGCCAAUCUCGUUAAGGUCGGUCGCGAGACCAUUAACAGUUCGGACGAUAAGAUCCUGAAGCAGGAGAUGCCCGCAUCGUUGCAGCGCGUCGAGACUGCCUCGCAGUUGCUGGAGGAGGCUUCCGAUAUGUUACGAGCCGAUCCCUAUUCGGGACCUGCGCGUAAAAAACUGAUUGAAGGAAGUCGCGGUAUACUGCAAGGCACCUCCUCGCUGCUGCUCUGCUUCGACGAGUCUGAGGUACGCAAGAUUAUACAGGAGUGUAAAAGGGUGCUCGAUUAUUUGGCUAUUGCCGAAGUGAUAAAUACCAUGGAAGAUUUGGUGCAAUUCCUCAAGGACCUCUCACCAUGCCUAAGCAAGGUGUCACGUGAAGUGGGCGCACGUGAAAAGGAGCUGACACAUCAGGUGCAUAGCGAGAUUUUGGUGCGCUGCUUGGAGCAAGUCAAAAUAUUGGCUCCUAUACUCAUUUGCAGCAUGAAAGUUUACAUACACAUUGUCGAGCAACAGGGAAAGGGUGCGGAAGAGGCAGCCGAGAAUCGCAACUACUUGGCAUCGCGCAUGAGCGAUGAAAUACAGGAAAUUAUACGCGUUCUACAGUUGACAACCUAUGACGAGGAUACCAGCGAAUUGGAUAAUCUGACGGUGCUGAAGAAACUCAGCAAUGCCAUCAAUAACAAGUCUGAGCUGGCCAACGAUUGGCUAUCGAAUCCGUACGCACUGAAGGGGGGCGUUGGCGAAAAGGCACUGCGCCAGAUAAUCGACAAUGCGAAUGAAAUCUCAGAGCGGUGUUUGCCGCAAGACGCGUAUCCCAUCAGACGCAUGGCUGACGAGAUCGCCGCUAUGACGAACAGUUUGUGCGAACUGCGUCAGGAUGGCAAAGGCACCUCACCACAGGCCGAGUCAUUGGCGCGCGCAAUACGCGGCAAGCUCGGCGAUUUGCAAUCGCUGGUACGCAACGCGGUCGUAGGUGUUGACAAGGCGGGUUUGCAACAAACCGCGCACACAAUACAAGGCCGCCUGGAGCAGGCCGUUAAAUGGCUGCAGCAUCCAGAGAUCAACGAUGGUGGCUUGGGUGAACGUGCUAUCAAUUUAAUCGUUGAGGAGGGACGCAAAGUCGCCGAAGGUUGCCCGGGUCAUCAAAAGGCGGAAAUCAUGCAACUCUGUGAUGAGGUGGAGCGCCUCAAGCGCCAGGCGGCGGGCAAUACACCUGCCGCUAAGGAGGCUGCAAAGCAGUUGACACACAAACUGCACGAGCUGAAGGCUGCCGUACAGAAUGCAUUGGUCAAUCGCAUCGUGCAGGACUUCAUGGACGUCAGCACGCCACUGAAGCAGUUCACUGAGGCGGUUAUGCUGCCCGAGGGUACACCGGGCCGUGAACAAAACUUCAACCAGAAAUCGAACAAUUUACAAGCUUUCAGCGAUCGCGCCUCAAAGACGUCGCGCAUGGUGGCCGCGGGGGGCGCUUGCGGCAACAAAAAGAUUGCCGAAAUUCUACUCUCCUCGGCGUCGCAAGUGGACUCAAUGACGCCGCAACUCGUCAACGCCGGCCGCAUACGCAUGAACUAUCCCGCCAGCAAGGCAGCUGACGAGCAUUUACAAAACUUGAAACAACAAUACGCCGACACUGUACUGCGCAUGCGUACACUCUGCGAUCAAGCCACUGAUCCGAGCGAGUUUAUCAAAACCUCCGAAGAACACAUGCAAAUGUAUGCGAAGUUGUGUGAGGAUGCAAUUAUAGCUAAGCAGCCGCAGAAAAUGGUGGACAAUACAUCGAAUAUAGCGCGCUUGAUCAAUCGCGUGCUGCUUGUGGCUAAGCAGGAAGCGGACAACUCGGAAGAUCCAGUAUUCACGCAAAAGCUGAAUGCGGCUGCAAACAGACUAGAGAGCUCGCUGCCCGCGAUGGUGGGCGAUGCGAAGCGCGUGGCGACAAACAUCAAUGAUCCAGCCGCAGCGCAGGCGUGGAAGUCAUCAUUCCAACGGCUACUGGGUGAUGUGCGCGAAGUGCGCACUGCCAUUGCGCCAUCGCCACCACCACUGCCCACCUCACUGCCACCACCGAUACCGGAACUCAGCGCACUACAUAUCUCCAAUCAAAAUGCCGAGCGCGCCCCACCACGUCCUCCAUUGCCACGCGAAGGCCUAGUGCCCGCGCGCCCACCACCGCCAGAGACCGAUGACGAGGACGAGGGCGUAUUCCGCACAAUGCCACAUGCCAACCAACCAAUUUUGAUUGCCGCGCGCGGCCUUCAUCAAGAAGUACGCCAAUGGUCGUCGAAGGACAAUGAAAUCAUUGCUGCCGCCAAACGUAUGGCCAUACUUAUGGCACGUCUCAGCGAGCUGGUACUAUCUGAUUCGCGGGGCAGCAAACGUGAAUUGAUUGCCACCGCCAAAAAGAUCGCCGAAGCGUCCGAGGACGUGACACGUCUGGCGAAAGAACUCGCACGUCAGUGCACAGAUCGACGCAUACGUACCAAUUUGCUGCAGGUGUGCGAGCGUAUACCUACCAUUGGUACGCAGCUGAAGAUUUUGUCGACAGUCAAGGCGACUAUGUUGGGUGCGCAAGGCUCGGAUGAGGAUCGCGAGGCGACAGAGAUGUUGGUGGGCAACGCACAGAAUCUGAUGCAGAGUGUCAAAGAAACAGUGCGCGCGGCGGAGGGCGCCAGCAUCAAAAUCCGUUCGGAUCAAACCAGCAAUCGUCUGCAAUGGGUGCGUCGUCAGCCGUGGUACCAAUACUAGGCGGUCAGUGGCCGCCCAGUGGAUGUCUAUGCCUUUAAGUGCCCAAACAUUUAUUAACAUUGAUAAAAUGCCACCACUUUUGAGAUGUACUAGUAUAAAAAAAUGUUAUUUUAAAAAUAUAACCUAAUUUUUUAAUUUACAAAA